AUGGAUAAAGAUCGUUCUAAGAAGAAAGGAGAUACUCUUGGGAACCAGAUAAAGAGAAGUGCUGCAGGGCUAUUCGAGAAAUACAAACCAAAAAACCAAGGUAAAGAAAUCAGGAUCUUUAAAUAAAUGUAACUGUGAAGAAAGUGCUUCCUUUUUAAAGACAGCUGUAAACUGUUAGAGUUUCUCGUCUUCUGGCCAUUAAGGACAAUAAAUCAUAAUAAGCAUCAUACAUGUAUAUAAAAAUUCUGUUAUAAAAACUGUUAAUUCAUAAAGAGCAGGGGACGUGGUCCCCGCAACUCAAGUUUCUGCUGUUUAAAAUGUCGCAAAUAAACACUAAACUUGAACUUGAGUUUGUUUCAUGAGUUCAACCAUGGUAUGGUAUGUCAUGUACACAUUUUGUCAUUGGCAUAAAGAUGCCAGUACUCAUUGUUAAAUUAUAUUAAAAUUACAAAUAGUUGAGGAAAAUUCAAAAAAUGUUUUUUUUUUUUGAAGAUUUAUUAAAAGAUCCAUGAAUCUCCUACAAUUAGACAAAAAGCAUUUGAUCCAGUUCAUUGUCUCUAAUUAAGCAAUUCAUUGCACAACAUAAGUUGUGAACAAGACACUGGUGAAAUGACUAAUUAUUUGUUGUCGUAUUUCAAGGUCCAUCUGGAAGGGUUGAGCAAGCUGGCCCAAGCACAAGUUUUGUUACAGGUGAAUAAGAGAUUACUAAUUCAUUGUAUGUGAGAAUCACAACAGCUCCCUGACAGUAUCCAGCUUUUAAACUUCGUCUUCUAUCUAUUAAUUCUUCAAGGUUCAGAGCAGUGAAAUAUCUCCUCCUCUUUUUGGUACCUCUAACAGAGCUUAAGACGGAAUCCACCAGGACAUUGAGUGAUUUUAUUUUCAGUGCACAAAAACCUUGUACCAGAAUAAUUUAAAGAAUAUUACAUUCUUUUUUUACAUUUUCAUAGGCCAAAGAUGUAAUAAAUCAUCUUUAAUUACACCAAAGAAAAUUUCCUAUGGAAGUCCGAGAAAGUGAAUGUCAAAUUUCACAAGAAUUGUCAUUAUACCUGCCAGGUAAAAUUUCUAAAAAUUGCGUGUGUAAGAUGUAAUUUUGUGAAAUUUGACAUUCAUUUUCUCAGGCUCCCAUGAGAAAUUUUUUUUGGUGUUACUACAGAUGAUUUAUCACAUCAUGAUCUUUAGCCCUUGAAAAAUGUAAAAAAGAAUGCAAUAUGCUUUAAAUUAUUCUGGUACAAGAUUUUUGUCCUUUGAAAAUCAAAAUUACUCAAUGUUCUGGUGGAUUUCAUCUUAAAAUGAAUUUCUUCCAUGCUGACGAAGCAAGAUUGCGGUACCUUCUAGGGAUACUUUUGAGUUUUUUACUUGAGUAGCACCACAGUUGUUUAACAGGGUAGUAUCCCCUUCUCCCCACCACGCCCUGAUGACACUAGCAACCAACUUUACAGGGCUGUCAGUAAGGGCCGGGAGGCGUGGAUUUCCCCUGGCUACUAUGAGCAUGCAUGACCCCUGGUUACUAAAAAAUAGGACCAAAAGAAUUUCCAGGAUGUCCUAUUCCCUGCUCUGAAACUUAAAACCAUAGUGACAGCCCUGUACCCUAACCCAUAAAAGAAGCUCUCUGCUCUGCUGGCUUUAUUUUCUAGUUUUAGAUCAUUCUAGACAUCUACCCUCUGAUUGGUUGAUAGCUGUGGUUUAGAAAGGCCCAGUAAAUAUUUUGGGGGCUUAUUUCCUGUUUUGAAAAUGUUUUUGAACUGCAGCUGCUUACUAGAUGCCUUUCAGAAUCAACUUAAUGUGUAGCAAAAAUCCUGCAUACCCAAGUUUAAAACAUAAACUGUGAACAGACAUCAGUUAGUGAAUUAAAAUGUCAGUAUCGCCCACAAUUAAGUAAAAGCUAAGAUGUAAGCUUUCAGUCCCAAGACAAGCUGCUCAGUCCUUUUUGUUAUUGAAACUUUAUUAUUCAAACCCAGAAUCUAAAAUGUGAGUAACAAAAAAACUGACAGAUUGAUAAACAUCCCCAAAUACUUUUGAAUAACUGUUUUUUAAAUGUCUCACUUCAAUUUUUAUUCUAUUUUGUUUAACUCACAGACCCAUCAGCAAGGGAACAGCCCUCUAGCUCUAUGGCCAAUAAGAAGGAGUUACAAGGU